CGCCUCCGUGUAUAAAAUCCUCACUCCCUCUCUCUGUUUUGGCAUCAAAGGGGAUGUCUUCGCACGAUGGUUCUGGAGUAGAAGAAAGACAGCAAGCGUCCCAUCCUGCGUUACCCUCUUCCGUUUACCCAGGACACUUUCACUUAUCAGUCUUCCCCAAUAUUUUGAACACGUGCAGUAUGCUGGGCACAGUUUUUCUACAAGGCAGUUAAUGGAAUAGAAAUAUGAGAAGGAAAUCAAAGGCGAAACGAGUCCUUGACUACGAAAGUGAAGAAGAUGAAGACGGGGCUCAAAAAGUAGAUCAUGGGGCGCAGAAAAGAAGAAAACAGAUGUAUCUUGAUAAAGAGACAGUCGAAGAAAAUUCUUUAUCCUCAGCCGGCUUCCAGAAGUGGAUACGGGGUUUUAAGCUGGGCAGUCCUAACUUGUAUCACCUGAGGGACAGCAAUUCCAAUACAGAGGAGUCAGAGUUUCUGCAGUCAUACUCAAAGAUGAAACUCAUUCCUAUGGUGAUUUGCAUGCAAAGAGAGAUGGAAAGCUUGAAAGACCAAAUUCAGUGCCUUACAGCUUGUGGAGAGCUGUCCAGAAACCUCAAAGCCCUGAUAGAAAAGACCCAGAGAUGGUCGAAUGAGGACAGCAAGACAUCUGUCCAAGCAUCACGUCCUAGCCUAACUGUAGGACUUGUCAGUGGAGAUGCCAUGACCCCAGAUUUACUGGCCUGCCCAACUGGGAGGAAUGGGCAGUGGGAUAAACAGGGGGCCUUACCCCAGAAACUACACAGGCACCAUAGGGAUGGACUCUUCACCAAGUUCAUUACCCCAGAGUUGUUGGAACGGUGCAACACUGGCACUACAGCUCAGAAACUGACCAAUGACCUGUUGCGAGGGCUGUAUGAGAGGGACUGCCUAGCAUCCCACUCCAUCUCAGGGCUGGUGUACCACAAGAGGUCUCAGACCAAACCUGCGCUCCCUACUGAGGAGGUCCAGGCCAUACUGAGGACAGUUCAGUAUUUUUUUCCUGGAAAGACAGAUGUGGAAAUUAAAGGAUACAUCCGGCAGAAACUGCAGAACGAGGCGAAGAGGCUGAGGAAGAAGCCUCCACUGUUGGGUAAUAUGGAUUCCAGCUUUGACCUCCCCUGCCCCAGAACGUAGUGUUAACAUGGAUUUUGUCGAGGAUCAAAGGUGAAAUAUCUGAUUAUGGAUAAUUGACAAAUGCAUGGAGGUAAUAUUUAACUUUUAAACUUUUUUUUACUUCAAUGAACCAUGUUUGACUGCUGACGUUUGUGAGAGGUUGAGAUUUGAAUAGGUGAUCAUUCACCCUGGCCUCUGGUUGCUGUAGAUCUAGAUAAAGCAUAAUACUGUAGCAUUUGUGAACUUUAUGUCCCAAUUAUAAAUAAAUGCCAAUUGUUUUUGAAUGUUGUAUUUUUAAGAUAGUCAUUUGCAAAACAUUGGACCUUGCAAAAUCAAUGCUGAACGAGUGUUAGCACAUUCUCAAUGCCUUUGAAAAUUAACUGUAUGAUGAGCCCCAUGAUGAGUUAGUGUUGGUUUUUUUGCAAUGACAACCUGAUAGUUGAUUGGAUUGAACAAAAUAUAUCUGGAAAUUUGAAGUUUUUCCAUUAUCCUGCAUUAUCAAUAAAAUACAUAAGAAAAUA